AUGGUUUGGUUGCGGAUUCGGACUGGUGGCAUUCACUGCGAUGUCACCAUAUCUCCGGCAACACAGCCUGAGAAACAAGCCAUGAGCAGGGAAGGUCGUACCGCUCGUAGGCCGCUCAAGAAGGAGGACACUGAGGUCACACAUAGAGGUGACUAUAAAUUGCAGUCCAGAAAUGUGAAUGUGUCUCCACCUCCCCCAGUUGGCUUAUGCCUUGAUAUGUGUUCAGAACACGAGCGUAAAGAACGAGAGCGGCAUGGACGAAUCCAUCCAUUAGAAAUGCAGAAUGGACAAUUGAAGAGUAGACAUUUCAGACAUGGGGGCCAUCCUACUGCUGACGCUAAUAGGAUGGUUAAAGAGUACAGCCGCCCUGCGGCAGGGAAAGAACUGUCUUCACCAAGAGACCUGCGACCUCCUGCAACUCUUCUCAAAACUGUUCAAUAUCUAAUGGAAAUCUGGGAGAACGUUAAUGAGCAAGAUACUACAUCUUUGUCCUUGGCUUAUUCUUUUGUGUUUGACCGGCUACGAGCAGUAAGGCAAGACUUGACAGUCCAGAGGAUAAGUGGUACUGAAGGAGCUCCUGUCCUUGAAGGAAGUCUUGGUUUCCUGCUUUGUUCCCCUUACCUGGUGAGGGACCUGCCGCUGGAAGAUUAUAAUGAAACCCUUCAUUCAACACAGGUGCGGGAAAGCUUUGCCGGGCUGAUGGAUUGUUACAGCAGAGGUGGAAGAUUCCCUAGGCAAACUGAAUUUCACGCACUUCUUCUUCUGUAUGAUUUGGGAAAUAUGGAUGCCAUGCACAGGGCUUUGCAACUUCCCCAUAUUAUUCUAAAUUCUCCUGAAAUUCGCUUGGCUCUUGAUAUAAAUAGGUCCUACCUAGAGAAGAACUGGGUGAGGCUCUUUCGUCUGGUCUGCAAACUUGACUGCCUAAAAGCCUGUGCUUUCUACCGCCAUCUGCCUGAUUGCCGCAACCAAGCAAUACGUAUUUACACCAAUGCGUACAGCAGCCGAAAUUGCCGUUUCCCACUUGGUAAUCUUACCUGCCUCCUAGCAGUUGAUAGCCCCUCCAGGGUUAGCAAUAUGUGCAAGAUUCGAGGACUGCAAGUUACCUCCGGGGAAGAGGAAUUUGUCUUAUUCCACAAAGCUUCAUUUAAGGAUGUGGAUUUGGAGUGCUCAGGAAGAGAGAUUCAAUUAGUAGAAGCAAAGAAAGAGGACCUAUCUUGGGCCAAAGUGAUGAUGGGGCACCAGAUGUGCAGUGUGUGA